CCUGCCGUUGAGCAAAGAGCCUCAGAGCCGAGUUCCUCUGCAGCAGCAGCAGGAAAAUGUUGCCACUUCCUCCCCACUCCUUCAUCCUGGCCAUCCUCCUCCUCCUCUCCUUCCUCCAGGUGGAAGGCGGGGCUUAUUAUGGACCCAAACACCCCCCUCCCCCUCCCCCUCCUCAGCCCCUCCCUCAGUACAAUGAUGGCCUCCCUCAGCAGCAGUUUCUGGGGAACGACAUGCCUCACAUGCCCUACAGCAAGGAGGGUCCUCUGCUGCCUCUGUACGGGAAGGAGUCCCCUCAGCUGCCUGUCCAGAAAGGCAAGGAGAGGCCGCUGAUGGCUCUGCCCGAGGGAAAAGGUCAGACUCUCCCCAGAGGGGUCAAAGGUCGUCCCCUCCUGCCUCCAGUCAACGCUUUACUCGAGGGGCCCCAAGGACUUCAGGGAGAGCCUGGACCGACGGGACCCCAGGGCUCCCCGGGGCCCCCGGGUCCGGGAUUACCGGGCUCUCCGGGAAAACCCGGGCCCCCCGGUCUCCGGGGCCAACCGGGGAUCGGGAAACCCGGCGUGCCGGGCUUACCGGGUAAACCCGGAGGGCCCGGUCCAGCGGGACCCAACGGUGGUCUGGGUCCAAGUGGUGGUGAAGGUCAAGCGGGGCCCCAGGGGCCCCCCGGGGCCCCGGGUCCCGUUGGACUUCCUGGAGUUUUAAAACCUGGAGGUCAAGGUCUGCCUGGACUGCAAGGACCUGCUGGAGAGCCCGGUUUGAGAGGUCUACCUGGACUUCCUGGCCCUCCGGGGCCCAAGGGGGAGCAGGGACUCGGGGUCCCGGGACUUCCUGGUGUGAAAGGCCCGGCCGGCCCCCCAGGGGCCCCUGGGAGCGUCGGUGUUCCCGGCGUCGCUCAACCCGGUCUGAACGGUCUCUCGGGGCAACCGGGGCCUCCUGGAAAGCCCGGUCCACCCGGAGAACCGGGGUCUUCAGGGCCGCCCGGGGUCAGGGGUCAGCCGGGACCCCCGGGGGUCCCUGGAGUCGGGAACCCGGGUCAAGAUGGCUUCCGGGGUCAACCUGGGAACGUUGGUGUGAAAGGAGAACCUGGGCCUCCGGGUUUACCGGGGACUCCGGGGUUACCCGGGUACGGAAAGCCGGGUUUUCCAGGGCCCCAAGGUCCCAAGGGCCACUCGGGUCUUCCUGGACUACCGGGACCAAAGGGAGGUAAGGGAGAAGGGGGCAUGCCGGGGGUCUUCGGUCCGGCUGGGCUGGAUGGGGUUCCGGGCCCUCAGGGUCCUCUGGGCCCCCCUGGAGCUCUGGGCUUCCCGGGACUGAAGGGAGAGGACGGUUCUGGGGGCCCAAGAGGGAAUCCGGGACCCAGAGGUGGAAUCGGGGCCUCUGGUGUUCCUGGAGAGCCCGGUAGGCCAGGAGAGUCGGGACAACCGGGGACCAGGGGCCUCCAGGGCCCCAUGGGCCCCAAAGGAGAGCCAGGUAUGAAGGGUCGACCCGGCCCCCCUGGGGCCCCUGGACUCCUGGGGCCAAGAGGAGAGAUUGGUCACACAGGGGUCGAAGGUCACCAAGGACCGCAGGGCAUCCCCGGAAUGAUGGGCCCCGGGGGGCCGAUCGGACCCCCGGGACCCCCGGGACGGAAAGGAGAAAUCGGUGUACCUGGUAAAGCUGGUUACCCCGGCGACGGAACCAGAGGCCCCGUGGGUCAGAUCGGCCCUCAGGGGCCCCCUGGAAUGAGCGGUCCUCCAGGUCUACCAGGCCGACCGGGCCCUCCGGGCCCCCCAGGAGGGCCAGCCCCGCCCCCUCCAGACCUGGGCCGGACCCUCCCGGCCAGCGGGGCCCAGCCACUUUUCAACAGCGUCCCCGAGACGAGCCGGACCGGCACCGUAACCCGCCGGACCGGCCCCGAGACCCCCUCCUUCACCGCCUUGCUCACCGACCCCUUCCCCUCGGUGCCGGGGGCCCCGCUGGUUUUCAACCAGCUGCUCCACAACGGGAACCAGGACUACGACCCCCGCUCCGGGGUCUUCACCUGCAGCCUGCCGGGGGUCUACUACUUCUCCUACGCCGUGCACGGCGGCGACGUCUGGGUGGCCCUGGCCCAGAACGGCGCCCCCGUCAUGUACACCUACCAGGGGGGGGAGGGGGGAGGAGGAGGAGGAGGGGGAGGGGCGGGAGGAGGGGGCGGGGCCGAGGACCAGGCCUCGGGCAGCGCCGUGCUCCCCCUGCUGGAGGGGGACUCCGUGCACGUGCAGCUGCCGUCGGGCCGGGCGGCGGCGCUCCACGCCGGGCAGUACGUGCACGCCACCUUCUCCGGGUACCUGCUGUACCCCAUGUAGACCCGGGGGGAAAAGACAGAAUAAAUAAAAAUAAACAGAAAUGGUGAAUUUUUCAGCUUGACUUCAGUCAC